ACGUCUCAAAGAGAAGCUGGUCUUAUUUAUUUUUCUAUAAAGCGUUCCAGAAAUUUAGAAGUGGUCAUAGCAGUGUUUUGUGUUUGUUAUUUUAUCUGACAACGAAUUACCGGUUUACAGUUUCAUUUUAAAUAAUAAAUCUCGUCUGUUAUUGAGAAUAAAACUGAUUAGUUAUUUCAGAAAGUGAAACAGUCAACAUGAGUUGCCCAUUUAACAAAGAGAGCCUUGCCCAAUUGAAGGCGUUUGUUAGUUUUUGUUCUUCAAACCCUAACGUGCUUCAUGAUCCAGAUUUAAGUUUUUUCAAGCAAUACUUAGAAUCGUUAGGAGCUUCAAUUCCUUCCCCAAAAGACAUGCCCAAAGAAGAUGUUAAAGUGGAGGAAGUGUCCCCAGAAGUAGAAGAGAAGAAUGAGUCGGAACCUGAGUCAGAUUUAGAACUUGAUACUGAAGGGUGUAUAGAACCAGAUAAAGAAGAUCCAUCCCAGGAAAUGGGCGAUUUUUCUAAAGAACCAACUGAAGCUGAUGUUGAAAGUGCAAGUGAAAAGAGGUCAGAAGCUAUAGCUGCAUUUAGUGAAGGUGAUUAUUCAAAAGCCCUGGAAUUAUUUACUGAAGCAAUUAAACUUAAUCCUACCUCAGCUGUUUUGUAUGUAAAGCGUGGUCAAACUUAUCUCAAGUUGAACAAACCAAAUGCUUGCAUUAAAGACUGUUCUCGAGCACUAGAAUUAAAUCCAGACUCUGCAGCUGCCUAUAAAUUUAGAGGCCGUGCUUACAGAUUGAUUGCUGAAUGGGAAAAGGCAGCAAAAGACCUUAGACAAGCUUCCAACAUUGAUUUUGAUGAGCAAACUGAUGAAUGGCUUAAAGAAGUAACACCAAAUGCUCAAAAAAUUGAGCAGCACAAACUGAAAAGAGAACGUAAAAGAUUAGAAAAGGAAGAAAGGGAACGUGCUGAACGUUUAAGAAAAAUAAGGGAAGCUAGGGAAAAAGCUGCUAAUGAAGCUGGUCAACAAAAAGGACAAACUCAGAGUGGCAAUGAUACAUUCACUCCUCCUGGUGGAAUGCAAGACUUUUAUAAAUUGCUACAAGAUCCAGAAAUAAUGACAGCUUUUCAGGAUCCUGAAGUUGCUGCAGCAUUUCAAGAUAUUUCUACAAAUCCAGCCAACUUUAUCAAGUACCAAUCAAAUCCAAAAGUAAUGGCUCUAAUUUCAAAACUCACAAGUAAAUUGCAAGGUUCAGGGAUGAAUUUCCCCGGAUUCCCAGGGGCGGGUGGUGCAGCAGGCGGAGGUUUUCCAGGUGGUUUUCCCGGAUUUCCAGGUGGUAAUUUUAAUCAAAAACCUCCUGCACCUGACGAUGACGGUCUCGAUUAAGAUUUUUUUAUAUUGCCAUUUUUCCCUAAUUCUAUUUUUAUUUACAUGUAAAAUUGAAUAAAAUGGGGAAGUGAAGUAAUUUUGGAGCCCCAGAAGAGGCAAUGAAUAUUUUUUAACGUUAAUUUUUAUACAGACUGUACUGUUUAUUCUUUAAUAUUUUUGUAGGACAAACUAAUGCCUAAUUUUGCUUGAAAUACGUGUUUUUGAAAAUGAAUUUGCUUUUCUGUUUUGUAUAUAGUAGAUGUAACGCUAAAACAUGAUUAAUAAAUUGUAAAUGCCCA